AUGCUGAACAAAUUCGAUGCCUCGCGAAUCUGUGGUCGUUCACCUUGGCCGGACUCUCUCCGUUUGCUGGAGGAGUUGAAGAUUGCGAGACUACAAGCAGAUGUUGUGGUAUUGGGUGCUUGCAUCAAUGCGUGUAAGAAGCGAAGUUCUUGGAGUUGGGCCUUGGAACUCCUGACCUGUACCCAUUUGGCCAAUGGGGCUGGGGCCUCGCGCAUUUGCUGCAAUGCAGUAAUCUCGAGUCUGCGGUUGCGAUGGCAGCUAGGCUGGAGCUUCCUGGAGCAGAUGGUACAGUCAGCGACGUCGCCCAACGAGAUCAGCUUCAACGCCCUGGGCUCCGCACAGAUCGCACCCUGGCGUGGCGUCCUGGGAUUGCUGCGGGGCAUGCGGAGGUGGGGACGACCGGAUGAGAUCAGCUUCGAUACAGUGGCGACUUGCUUGGCAUCCGCCCACGCCUGGAGUCGAGCGCUGCAGCUGUCCAGCAAAGCUGAGACCGUGGGGCAGGAAACUCCCAGCUGGAAACAGGCCCAUCAUCUCAUGGGAACACUGGGUCGUGAAGCAGAUAGCCUUGCUUUCAAUGCGAGCCUCAAAGCUAUGGCGGCAGCUGUGGCAUGGGGUAUGGUCGUUCGGUGCUUCAGCAGCAUGACUCAGAAGAGAGUAGUUCUGGACUGGAGAUCUCGCAUGCCUAUCUUGAGCUCAUGCAGCCGUGCCCUGAUGUGGGCAAGAAGCUACGAUUUUUUGCGGCAGCAGCAGCUAAUCAAGAUCCGGCCAGAUGAGAUGGCCAUCUGUGCAGCGAUGAAUGGCAGUACCAAGGCUCAGUGCUGGAUCCAAAGCUUGCAGUUUGGCCCAGCUGUGGAUGACUUGGAUGACUUGAGCCUUGCUGCUGUCUGUGGCGGUGAUGUGUGGCGGGCGGCCAUUCAGAAACAGCUCGGCUGGGCGAGCACCAUAGCAACCAUGAUGACUUGUGACUCUUGGGAUUCUGCCCUUUCUCUACUUCAGCUCACCAAAGACCAGCGCUUGGCAGUUGGUCCUGGAUCACUUGGUGCGGCAGCCACGGCAGUAAGCGUUACAGCUAAAGAUGCUGACUGGCAAGUGGCCUUUCUCACAUUGUCCCUGAUGAUCUCAAAAGAACUCGGCAUUAAUGAUGUCAGCUUUGGCAGUGCCAUUUCCUCAUUGCGCAAUGCUCGACUUUGGAUCACAGCCCUGCAGCUUUUGAACAGUAUGCCUCAGAGAUGUUUGCAAGCCACUGACGCCAGCCGCAGUGCUGCUGUGGCAGCCACAGUGGAUGUGUGGAGAACAGCUUUGAGCCUCGGUCCGGUGCCAGGACGAGCAGAGAUCUUUGGGAUCAGAUCCCCAUGGCAGAUCUCCCUGCACUUCUCCCAGAUGCAUGUUGUCCGGAGUCCUUUGGACGAGAUCAGCAGCCACGCAUGUUUGGCGGCCCUGGAACUGGAUCCGGGAGAUUGGCAGUUGCCGUUGCAGCUGUUUCGCUGCUGGGGGCAGCUCGGGCAGCCGAGCAGUCGAGCGUUUGGAUCGUGCUUGAGUUGCUGCCACCAGUCCAUACUGCGGCUCCAAGGAGUGCCAAGGAACAACUGAUUUGGGCCUGCGAGAAGGUUUUGAGGUUUUGAAUCGGAGGUUACUGUGACUCUUAUGGCACAGAGCUCGAAACAGAUGCCAUUUGUGACAUGCCCCCGCACUUCACGGCCUUCACGGAGCAAAUAAAGUCUGAUUAAAUCAUAUUUGCUCCAGGACUGACAAGAGCUAUGCAUGUUGAUGUGCGCAUGGCCAUCAUGGGCAGUUCUGAAAGAGCUGUAAAAUGCAGAAUGGACGUCCAUCAGCUCACACCGUUCCUGCUGAAACGGUAUGCGACAAAUUGGUUUUCAUUUAGACAAUUUUCUGUGGCUUCAGAGAUAUGGGGAGCUGGCCUAGAGGAGAUCAAAUUGAAAUGGACUCAAUUUGGUUUACUCUUCGAUUAGUCUCAAGACAGCUCGAGAAACAUCUCCAGAAUGUUCUUGACCCAAUGCUCUUGCCAUGAAAAAGGCAAUCAAUGGCUUCAAUGUCUUGUUGCCAACGGGUUUCAACAUGUUAUCACAAC